CUUAUAAAAUCUGGCGCUAUUAAAGUGCAAUCAAAAAAAUACGAAAAAAUAGAAGAAAUAACUGAUGAUUGUGAAGAUUCAGACUGUGAGCAAUACGAUUUGUGGUUGCAAAAUAAUGAUAAACCGUGGAUAAAAGUAACUCAAUUAUGGGAGAAAACAUCUAAAAUACGAUUAAAGUCUUUACAAUCCGGUGAUCAUAGUAUUCAAGAUUAUAUUAAACUUUAUUCUGCUUUAGAAGAACCUCAAGGAUAUACCUUACUGGAAAAAGAUUUUGAAAAAUUGUAUCCUGAAGCACAUAUGAAAAUGUAUGCACAAUGGGCCAAAUUGUCAGCAUUCAUAGAACAUAAAGUGGGUAAAAUAGAUCCAAAAUUUAAAACACAUUCUAAUCCAGAUAAAAAAAUAGUCCAACUUUUGUCAAAAUUACCUUCUCUUUUUCCUGUAUAUACAGCAAUUGUCGGAAAAGGAAAAAGCUACAAUUGGCGGCCAUCGUUAUGCGAAAGACGAGAAUUAUUUCUAUGGCGAAUUGAGACGUAUGGCGACUUAAAUACCAAAAUUAAUGAAAGAAGAGAGAAGUUACAUCAUUUCAAAUUAACGUUGCAACCACAGGCUGUCAUCAUAGGAUCUUCAGAAACUGAUAUAAAACAUAGUAUAGUAAUCGUUGAUAAAAUACAUUAUGAAGUAGAAUCACCACUAAAGGCUAUUGAUAUAGCCUUUAAAUGUAUCCAUAGCCUACAUGCUGAAUAUCCUAAGGAAAGUGAACAAGUUUAUCUUUUUCUACAAACUGGUAUUUAUGGUAUUACUUCCAAAUACAACAAAAAAUUUAGCGCU